GAUCGAAGACCGAUUCUUCUUCUUCUGUAAUUCGCGACCCAUUACUGCGUCUUUGGUCUAGGUGUAAAUAUAAACCGAGGGAGUCGAGCUGAUGCCAACCAAGAAAUCUGAGACUUGUGAAAAUAUUAUCGCGACCGAUAGCAACCUGGAACUUUUUGCUAUCAGCACGUGGGUUUACCUAAGCAGCCAUUGCACGUGCCUGCUUGUGUCACCCCAGCAUUCCUCCGUCAAUUCAUGCCGUAUUUCUCUCUCGAAAACUUUCGAAAACCCCCACGUCUUCCUAUCUUUGGAUAUUGCAACCGCGGUCCUCGGUGCUGCAAUUGUCAUUGUGUCACGGUCUCACUUCGCAAAAAGCCCAACGCUGUCAUGAUCGUGUCAUCUCGUUCUUGCACGAGCGCAGCGCAUGGAAAUAUAUUAACUUCUCGACGUGUACGCUCUAAGAGGUCCUACACACAGACAUCAUGAACGACAUGAUGUAGUUUUUAGCAUCAGCUGCAGCAUACCUCCCUCUUUGAACGAAUUCGAUAAUUGAACU